GGCUGUCCCUUUCGCAACCGGGCGUCAGGUUACCGUACAACUGUUUAGCUCGAGGAGAGACUCAAACCCGGGGACGUUGGGCUCCACGCAGUGAACGAGAGAGACAGAGGAAGAGAGCAAGUCCUGACCCUUGGUACACUAGACCUCUUCUAACUGUGCGUACUUCGUCUACUAGCCUACUGCACGAUAAAUAACUCUAGACUCAGGGACAAACAGGACAUAGCUACUGCCCGGUCUACCGCUGCAUGGAGGCAUCCGGCCAGUGCGUGCAGGAAUACAGAUCCAGCUCAAUCGGACCUCUAAAAUGUUCUAGGACGAAUAGAGAAGAGGAGAGGGAGAGCGCAGCGGAUGAAAGGAAAGGAAAUAUUUACUACAUUAACUCACCGCAGUUUCUCCGCUCCAGGGAAGAGAGGAGAAUGGAGGAAUGAGGUGAAGAGACGGUUAAAGUGUGUUAUGUCGGGUUGCUGCUGAUGGAGCUCUAAAUGAUGGUGUUGUCAUCUGUUCUAUGCAAUACAGCGACGGGUAGAGAGAGAGAGCUUUGCUGGGUGAUAAUAUUCAUCUGACAAAGACAUCUGCCGUUAGGCUUCCCUUCUGACCGCAAUAAUAGCCCAGGCUGCAAAGAGACCUCGGCAUAGGCUACCUGAUCUAACGAGGAACCGAGUCGGUGUGACAUUAGGGACAAAGACGAAAAGAAGGAACUUCCCCGGAUUCUCAGCUACAGGUCAACAACGGAUCACAUCGGCUUUCAUCCCUCCCUGGACCUCUCAAAACCGGAAUUAAGAACCAACGGCUGUUGACACGCGCGCUUUGCGGACGGUUCAACCAAAGACAGGUCUAAACGAGGAUCGGAAGACAUACUGGACAGAGGGACAUGUAUCUAACACCGACCUCACAUGCACCCGACUAACAAACACACGAGCCACAGAAGAAAGCGAUAGAUAGCGGCUGCUCCCCUGCCACGCGCACGGCCGGUCGGACUCUCUCCUCGGCUCGCGCUAUCUCCCGGUUGUGAGAAUGACAGGGGUCGCGUGCUUGAAGUGUUACCUCUGGAUCUUUAUCUUCGUAUUUAGGUCGACGUUACCUUCUGACGCCAAAUUACUGGAAACUAUAAUGUGGAGCACUCAGAAUGCCAAGUUCCUGUCAGGUAGAGGGCUGGUGAUCUAUCCAGAUAUCGGGGACAAGCUGGACAUUAUCUGCCCCAAGGCUGAGCCAGGACGGGACUAUGAGUUCUAUAAGCUGUACCUGGUCAGGAGGGAGCAGGCAGAGCGGUGCAGCACGGUCAUGGACCCCAACGUACUGGUCAGCUGUAACAAGCCAGAGAAGGACAUCAAGUUCACCAUCAAGUUCCAGGAGUUUAGUCCCAACUAUAUGGGCCUGGAGUUUAAGAAGAGUAUGAAUUACUACAUCACAUCCACGUCCAAUGGUUCAGUCGAAGGCCUGGAGAACAGAGAGGGAGGAGUCUGUAAGACCAGGGCCAUGAAAGUUGUCAUGAAGGUCGGACAAGACCCCAACACUGUUCUACCAGACUCUGUAUUACCAGAGGACCCAGAGAGAGAGAAGGACAACGGUCUGGGAGGAGACUUCAGUCCUAGCCCUGAGGACAAGCUGCUGCCUGGAGCAGGAGAGCCAGGCAACACUGACUCUAUAAACCAGGACAACAGGUCAGGAGGCUCCAGCAGCAGUGAUGGCAUCCUUGGGUCAAAGGUCGCUGUGUUCUCAGCCAUCGGAGCCGGCUGUAUCAUCUUUCUCCUCCUCAUCCUCUUCCUCGUCAUCCUGCUCAUCAAGAUGAGGAAGAGAUCCCGGAAGCCCUCUCACGCCCAGCCCCACCCCUCCGCCCUGUCACUCAGCACGCUGUCCAAUCAGAACAAGCUGCCUGGCAGCGGGGGCACAGCCGGGACGGAACCCAGUGACAUCAUCAUCCCGCUGCGGACAGAGAAUAACUACUGCCCUCACUAUGAGAAAGUGAGCGGUGACUACGGACACCCUGUUUAUAUCGUACAGGAGAUGCCUCCGCAGAGCCCAGCAAACAUUUAUUACAAAGUCUGAGAGAGGAGGAAAGGAGAGAACAUUUAUUACAGGGUCUGAGAGAGGAGGAGAGGAGAGAACAUUUAUUACAAGGUCUGAGAGAGGAGGAGAGGAGAGAACAUUUAUUACAAGAUCUGAGAGAGGAGGAGAGGAGAGAACAUUUAUUACAAGGUCUGAGAGAGGAGGAGAGGAGAGAACAUUUAUUACAAGAUCUGAGAGAGG